UGAAUUGUCUUCCAACGGGUUCGAAGCGGGUCAAUCUGUCGGAUCUGUAAACCCGACCGACCCUCCUCAGGCCCAUAAUAUUUUCAUCGCAGCAAGCGAAUCUCGGUGUCUGUGAGUUUCAGAAUUCAGAGAACGAAGCAGAAGAGAAUGGCGUCGGUGGUGAGGGGCAUUUUCAAGUCAAUCAGGGAAAAGGGCAUCGGAAAUUUUCUCAGGGAGGUCCGCGAAGAAGGAUACCUGAACUGUCUCACUGAUGGAAAUCUUUUGCAAACCAAGAUCCACAACAUAGGUGGAACACUUGUUGGUGUGGAUAAAUUUGGUAACAAAUACUAUGAGAGGCUAGACAACGAGCAAUAUGGAAGACACCGGUGGGUGGAGUAUGCCCAGAAGGAUCGUUAUAACGCUUCACAAGUUCCAGCAGAGUGGCAUGGCUGGCUCCAUUACAUCACUGAUCACACCGGAGAUGAACUGCUAUUGCUGAAACCAAAGAGGUACGGACUUGAGCACAAGGAGAACUUCUCUGGUGAAGGUGAUGCAUACAUAUAUCACUCCAAGGGACAUGCUCUAAAUCCUGGACAAAGAGAUUGGACUAGGUACCAAACUUGGCAACCCGCUAAGAAGGAAUAAGUUCCGAUUUCUUCAAGAAAAGCAACUUCUACAGCAGCUGGAGAGUUAUAUGGAUAUUCUGCCAUGCUUCGUUAAUAAAAAGCCCUUGUACUGAACCUAUGGUUAUAAGCGCUUGUGUGCCAUCAAAUUUCAGGUCGAUACACUUGCUAUAAAAUUUUCUUAUCCUGGAUAUGGUGUUAGGUGUUGAAUUGGAUCCACAAUGCUGUAAUGCAGUCUUCAUUCCUUCACUGGCUUAAAGUAUCUGAUGGUUAUUUAUUGAAACUAAUCUAUUCAGUGAUGUUUGGUCC